CCAAUCUGACACAAAAGUUUGUUAAAAUUGAUGAUGAUUGAAUAAUAAACACACACAGUCAUGUUUUAACAUAUUUUUCUUAUUUCGUGUGUCCAAACGUCUGCGCCUAUGACAACUCUGAAGUUGGCCUAACAACUUCAGAAAAAAUGAAAACAAGGCAAACUUCAUGACGGUUCAGGAUACUUCAAAGUAUACAGUGAAUGAGGUUACCUAAUUUUUAUAAAUAUGAUUAAGCUCAAAAGUUAAAAUGGAAACAUCCUUACUUUAAUAAUUAUAGCAAAUACUUCUACAAUUUUUAGUUACAUAGUCAAAAACUGAUUGCCUAUUUAAAUCAAUUAGGGGACCUAUUAGUUUCUUUUUUGGAAAGUUGCAAUGCCUGGGAAAGUAAAAGUGAAGAUAUCAUCAGGGAAAAAUUUACCUGUAAUGGAUAGAUCUAGUGACACAACAGAUGCUUAUGUAGAGAUAAAAUUGGGUAGUACAACAUUUAAAACUGAUGUGUGUCGAAAGUCCUUACAUCCUCAAUGGAACACAGAUUGGUACCGUUUUGAGGUAGAAGAUUCAGAAUUACAAGACGAACCCUUACAGAUAAGACUAAUGGACCAUGACACCUACUCUGCUAACGAUGCCAUAGGUAAAGUUUAUUUAAAUUUAAAUCCACUGUUACUUCCCGUUGAUGGUCAGAUAAUGAAGUAUGGAUUCAAUGGGGACAGCUCAAUUCACCAUGAAAUAUCAGGGUGGCUUCCAGUAUAUGAUACUAUGCAUGGUAUUAGAGGUGAAGUUAAUAUAACAGUCAAAGUAGAACUAUUCUCAGACUUCAAUAGAUUUAGACAAUCAUCAUGUGGUGUACAGUUUUUUUAUUCUCCAACAGUGCCUCAAGGUUAUCAAGCAAAACUCAUACACGGAUUUGUAGAGGAGCUAGUAGUUUAUGAUGAUCCUGAAUACCAAUGGAUAGACAAGAUCCGUACUCCAAGGGCUUCGAAUGAAGCCAGACAAACACUGUUUUUUAAACUUUCUGGAGAACUUCAGCGUAAAAUUGGUGUAAAGACCUUAAAUUUGGGUGGUAAUGCUGUUAUAGGUUAUAAACAGAGCUAUGAUUUAGAGGGAGAGUCGGGAAUCGUAGCUAGAGGUAUUGGUACUGCUAUAACUUUGACGGUAUCAAAUACAAGUAGUAAUGGUCCCAUAUUACCAGGAGAAAAUAAAGAUGAGCAUGUAAAAGAUUAUCUCGAAUUCGUUGGUGAUGGCAAAAGCUUUCGCUUGAGCAGCACACCAAACGUCUUAUCCUUUAUGCUUCCCGCCUUUUCUAAAGUGUCUAAAAUUGCCAAUGUUACCUUCCCCAAAUAUAAGCGUAAAUCCAGAAAAAUCGACUCCUUUGUAGAUUCAGGUAGUAUAAGGGCAUCACAUUCUAUCGAAGAUAUUUCUCAUAGCCCAAUGGAAAGAUUACUUCAACAAGAAAAUGAAAGAGGGAAAACAUAUGGUUUGCCUCAAAAGUUAAAAAACUUUAAAUAUUCUCAAAAGUCUUUGAGCAAGAAAAUGACAGCCUUUAAAUCAAAACUGUCAGGUAGUGUAGGUGAGAAAAUUGACGAAGAACCUGUUGUUCAGAAAAAAUACCUUCAUAAGAGAUCAGAUAGCGAUUCUAGCUUUAUGGCAGAGGUGUUAGCUCGUUCUGCUAUUCAAGUCCACAAUAGUUUGACUUGUAUAUUAGAAGUAAAAAAUCAGUCUACAGAAGAGGGUAAAUCAAACCAAAAAUCUGACAAAUUUAAUAAAAUGAUGUCCGAUUCAAAUACUGUAUCUGACGAAAGUGCUAGUGAAGGUCAGGGUUCUUAUUCUGAUAGCACAACUUCAGAUGAAGAGGAUGACAGUCUUAACAUUAAAAAUAGUCAAAAGGAUCUUGACACCAUAAGCACUAUUGUUAAAGAUGUAGAAAUGUUACAAAUAAAACAAAAGCCAUCGUUAUUAAAACAGCGUUCUUUACCAGCAUUCGAAAUCAGUAGAUUGGAUUCGGUGAGUUCUCUGUCUACUGCAUAUACCUACAGACCGGUAGACACAAACUGGGAUCUAUCUGAUAAUGAAAAUAACGAAAAAGAAUGCAGGAACAAUUCUGAUAGUGUGAUUGAAGAAACAACUUCUGAAACAGUUUUUCCCAAAGAGGACUGUGAAAAAACAACCAUUACUGAUAAAAAUGCAUUGUUUGAGAUUGGUGAGAAAGAAACUUCUGUUACAGAUAAAGACUCUGAUGAACAAGUAGUAGAAGUUAAAAAUGUAAAACCUGCUUUUAAGGGCAUAGUACCAGAAGCUAUAAAGAGUGUUAAAAUCGAAGAAAGGAGUUUAGUACGAACAGCUAUACAGACUUUAUUAUUAGAUAAAGCCCAGAUUUUGGGAACAUACACACCGCCCAUAACUCCAUCGGAAGUAAAGGAUACCGAAUUUCCAAAAGCUUUCCUUUCAGGCGAUACCACGCAGAAAUCAAGAAUGCCCAAAUCAGCUAGUUCAGUAUCUUUCAUAGAGUAUGUAAAAAAAAGAGAACAUGUCUUGGGUGUUCCAUUUACGGAUAUAACUGCAACUAAAGUGUUUAAAAGAAGACAGUCACAGCCGUGUCUACUCAAAUCAGAUGCACUCAUUCCUAAGACCAACACCAAAAUUUACUCAGACAAUCAACUAAACAAACCUUUAGUUAAGACUUUGCUCCAUGAAUCGUUAAAUAAGAAAAAAUUGCCUGCAAAGUUGAAUAUAUCUAGUGAUCAGAAAAGUACAUUAUCACUGAAUUCUGGUGAGAUACGCCGCGUAUCCAGUGAUAGUUCUGAUAAAAAAUCUAAACCAAACUUAUUAUUUCGAAUCUUCAGUAAAAAAAUAUCGCGUCCAGCACCCACUUGUUCUAAUACCCCUACUGAUAGUGAUUUAACAUCUAUUAACAUUUCUUCAAAUGAUUCGAAUACUGAUAUAAAAAAUCAGAGCGACAUUUGUACUAGUACUAAGCAUGCAUGCAUAACCCCUAACAGGCAUAACAUAUCACCACAAGCAGAUCAAAUUGGAAGUACUUAUCAGCAGAACCUAGAGCAGAGGAAAAGCGACCAAUCGCCUUCGAGACUCAAUAUUUUGGCUCAGAGAAGAUCUUCGGAUUCCGAUCUAAGUACCACACCAAAGGGAUUCAAUAGAAAAAGAAACAGUCUUACAAGUAGUGAAAAAUCAGGAGGACACCCAAGUAGUUCUUUUAUUAGAAAUAAUAUGGUACUCAGAUCCCAAAUACACCAGGAAAAUUUUGAUAUGUUAGAGUAUCCCUUUCUGACCAUUUUGAAAUUUCCAGCUGAUUUUAUUUCUCACAUAGGAGGUGCUGUAAGUGCACGAUCUGUGAAGAGACUGGAAACCAUACGAAACAUUGAAGAGCCUGAGUCCAGAGACACCUGGUGGUCGGAAAUAAGAAUGGAAAUACGUUCACAUGCUAGAAGUUUGAAUUGCAAUGCCGUUUUGGGUUAUUAUGAAUCUUCCAGUAUUUGUGAAGAUAUAUGUAUUUUAAGUGCCUACGGAACAGCUGUAGUGCUGAACUUUCAUAAAAGUGAUGAUGCUGACGAAUAUGCAUCCCUGUUAAAACAGAAUAUAACUGCAACUCCAAAUGAAACCUGUAGUUUAUCUUAUGAAAAGAAUCAAUAUGAUAGGGAUAAACAGAAAAUGGAAAACACCCAUAGUAAUAAUAAACAUAGUGAUAGUCCAGAUUUUUCUACCAAUACUGGCAAUUCUGUAUGUACCAUUACACAUUUACCAUAUGCCAGUAGUGAUAUUCCUGUAAAGGCAACUUUAGGAAAAUGUAUGAUAUGCAGAAAGGGGAAAGUUCCUGAGGUACUAAUAGCUACAAUAGAACCUUUAGACGGCAUACCCAGCACAGGAAGGGGAUGUUUUAUUGAAUCGUAUGUUUGUCGACCUUUAAAAGACUUAAAAGGCGAGUGGAGUGCAAAGGAAAUAUCAGACGGUUUGCCUUUUCUAGAAUAUGAGCUCCAUAGGUUGUUAGUUAACAAAUUGAAAAUAAAGGGAAUGAAUGCAAUAUUUGGUUUAAAAUUCAGAAUAACUGUUGGUGAGAAGUUGAUCAUUGCAACGGCCACUGGUACAGCAAUAUUUUUAACAUCUUUACCGAGUCCAACCGUACCUAAACUGGUUUCUGACGAAAAUGUAGACGAUCCAAAGAUAAUCACAUUACAAAAGCAACUAAAGGAAACAGUGAAGAAGAACAAAGAAAUUUAUAAAAUUGAGGAUGGAAUUGAAGGAUCCCGGGCUUGGUCAGAUGAUGAUUCGGAUGAAGAACCAACUUCUUUAGAUCUGUCAUCCGGUAGUAAAGAUUGCUGUGUUUUAGAGGUUGAUGAUCCUAAAGAUGAAGAAGUACUUUGCUCAUUAAUGAAAGAACGUCCACCUGAUGGCUUCCAUGUUGUAAAUACUGAGACAAUCCCUGGGCUCGAUGAUUUAGAGAUAGUUAAAAAUUUACAAAUGUUCAUCCAAUGCCGGAGGUUCAAAUUCCAGUCUAAUCUUAAUAUAGAUGAAUAUUUUAGUAAAUUACUUCAAAGCGUUUACUUUAAAUUAAGAAGAAUGGUACCUUGCGCUUUAUGUAAUAUCCAAUUUCGAUGUGAUAUUCCCGAGCCAGAUGAGGUGCAACUUUUAGUAUUUGGUAUGGCACUGGGGUUAGGUAAAAAAUCUAAGGGUUUCAAAUCUGUAAUUCCAAGGAAGGAAGAAGAGGACAUGAUUUUUAAAUUAGAAGAAGAUAGUAUUACGGAAAAUAAUACUGUGCAAGGAAAUAAAAUAAAUAAAGUCAAUAAACUACGAUCUUCAUCUAAAUACAAAUCGUCUCUGAAGCAAAGACACACACCCCAAAAGGAAAUUCAUGGUGUUGAUAUAACCCCCUUAUCCUACGUACCGGGAGCCAGUGUUGACAAAUAUUUAGGAAAUAUUAAUUUCUUCUUUAUUAGAGAAACGACAUCUAUUAGGGAGGAAGGAGGUCUUAGCGGGUUUCUUCAUAGUUUUGUAACGGAAGUUUUAGCCAUUGUUAGGGCACAUGUUACAGCUCUUGGUGGCAAUGCUUUAGUAGCAUUCUUUUUGACGGAAUUGUUCCUAAAUCACAACUUCCAUAAAAAUCAGGGCCAAUGUCUUAUUAACGUGGGAGGUGAUGUGGUGUCAGUAACAUCUUAUAAAGAAGAUACUUAGCAAAGCCUAAAAGGUGCAAAACAAACUAUUCGAUAACUUGUAUCAACUUCCCUACUCAUCUUUGGAGUUAAAAUUUCAAGCUAUAAACCUUUUCUAUCCAUUUCAAUUUUGUUUUUGUGAAAAUAAUUCUAAUCUUCGGUACAUUUUGUCUUUUAACGUUAAUUUACAUCUUUGUUUGUGCCAUUAAUAAUAUUUUAGGAAUGUUCUAGUAUUAGACAUCACCAUCCGGAAUUUUUAAAUUGUGUUUCAUGCAAUGAGUACUUUUGAAAAUGGUACCUAAUGAAAUUUUUUCCUUACGUUGAAGUUGCAAAAUUAUAUAUUCCCUAUUUGAAUUGACUGUCUUUGCAAUACUAAUAAUUGUAACAUUUAAAAACAUAUCAAAACGUUUUUAAAAAUGAAUAUUUUUGUUGUGUAGAAAUGCUCAUUUUAUAAUUUUUUAAUAACAAUUUGGCAGCUUUUUAUUGAAUACUUUGCUCAAGAAUAAAUUAACAAAAGUAAAAUAAAUUUAGUGUAUUGAUUCGCCCAAAAAUAAUAUUACCCCUGUGCAUAAAAUUUUUAACAGGUUUUUUGACUGUUUUAUUUAGUUAUUAUCUAUCCAUAUCUUUUAUCAACUUUGACAUUAUUAGUAUAUGCAGCCGGAGAUCUAAUAAUUAUCGGUAUAGCCAAUUCAAAUGAACUCUUUUGAAAUAAAGUCAGUAUUUUCAGGUUUUUGAGUUAUUGUUACAAAAAUCCGUGAAUUAUUAUAGGGUCACCUAGGGUUAGUGUGACGUAAAAAUAUGCAAAUUUGAUUUUAAAAUAAAAAAAUAUAUAUUUGUUUUCAAUUGAACGGUUUCAGAUUUUUAACGAAGACUUUCUGGUUAAUUGUCACAAUCAUAGCACAGUGAAUAGGCAUAUUGCAUUUUUAAAAUUCCUUCUACAUUAUGUUUUAUUUAAGAGGGUAAGGUGUCACACUAUCCCUUCAUUAUGGGGUUACUGUGACUAGGAUUAAGGAUAGUGUGACAACUAGCUUUUUUGCCAUUUAAAAGCACCUAGGAUUGAGUGUGCCUUGGUGUGACAAAGAAAGACAUUACAAAAAUGUUCGACAAUUUUAGAAAAAAAAUGUGAAAUUUUUUAUUUAAAACACCAGUUUUUUUUUAUUCAACGUAGGUAUUUUAUUGAGAACCUUUUCUUAUUUUAUAAAUUCAGUAACAUCUAACAUUCAAACACAUCAACUUUUCCUUUAAAAGUAUACCGAAUUCUUUCACCAUUAAGGGAUAAUAUCGGAUCCAUCAAUAUUGCUAUAAUCUGAGCCAUUCUAAUAAAUGAACUGUCUUUUUCAUUAACAACAAAACUCUUUUUAUCAUCAACACUUCUUAAUCCUACCACUUCUAUUUUAUCUUUAGUGUCAUCAAAGUUUUCAAUUGCACACACAUACCUUAAAGCAGUUCUACCACGCUUCCUACCCAUGAAAGUUGCAACUAUAAAAGAGCAUUGUUUAAUAUCUUCCUCGUUUACAGGUUUUAGUGUCGUAGUUUUCUCUGAGAAUUCCUCUUCUGCUUCGUCACUUUCCCCUAAAGACAUAUCUUCUAUCUCCUCAUCACUAUCUGAUUCAUCUUACUUUGACUUUUUCUUGAUUGUUUUUGGACAGGUUUUCUGUUUUCCUUUAAUGGAAUCAGCCUUUUUGUGUUUAAAGAACUGAUGUAUUCUUCUUUUGUUAUUAUUUCUGCAGUAUCAAUUAUUAUUCGUUUAACUUUAUUUUUUACGCUAGUUGGAACUAUCUUUUCCAGAAGCAUAUGCUCAAACACUUUCUCUGGUGUUUCUUGCCCAACAGAAAGUUCGGUGAUGUGACACCCUUGUAAUGGACUGGAGGAUUGGCCAGUGAUUUUAUGCUCUUUUAAUAGAGUGAUAGAUAAUGAACCAGCGGUCCCUUACUCUUCUGAUGAAUGGUUGCAAGUUACUGUCAACCAUAACCUGAUCAAACUAAGGUAGUAAGUGGUGAUAGUGUCACAUGUCACACUAUACCCAUGUUUCACUGUCACAGAAACCCCACAGUGUGAAAAUCUGUGGGGUUACUGUGACAUGCCUAAAAAAAUAAUAGAUAAAGACAACUAGGCCUUUAAAAUAAGUUUAAACGUUUAAAAUAAGUGAUGCAAUACCAUGCCGAGAAAAAAUCAUAAUUAAAUACAAAUAAUUUUGAAGAAAUUCAAAAUUUGGACUAAUAUAUCAGAAUUUCAAAUUCGAAUUACAAUACAUACAUAAAUAAAUACUAUUAUUUUAACCUAAAAAAAAAACAGAAGGGACUGAAACAUUUUUUUUUAAAUAAUCUGUUGAAAUGCAAUAGAAGUGUAAUAUAACAUCAUAUAAUAUGUAAUAUAAAAGCACAAUAUAAAUUAGUAUUUAACGUUGUCACACUAACACCGCUGUCACACUAACCCUAGGUGACCCUAUAACUGUACAUGACAUAUUAUGUGAAAGAUAUUGUUAUAUUAUAUAAUGUUAGUAUUUUGUGACAAGAUAAUAAAACUUCAAUCAUCUUAA